AAUUGCCAAAUAUGGGCAUAACACCGGUGUUAGCCCUUCAGCUAAGGUAGUAUUUGUGACUUGCUAGUUACUACUAUAUGCAGGACAUUAUGCUUCUCGGUUUCUAUUUCGUUGACAUUCUGAGUGGAGGGACAGAUUAAGUUAAUUUAUUUUUUUAGUUUUUUGUAACGUUUUAGAGGCAGCAGAACAGCGAACCAAGUCACAUUAACAGUAGAAGAGAGUGUGUAAGUAAGAUGUAUCAAAUGUUAUAACAACUUUGUGUCAGGGUGAAGGAGCUCAGGGAAGAUGCCAGUGGAGUGUCCCCUGUCACAUCCCCCUCCACCUUCUCCUUGUCCUCCACCUCCUCCUGCUCCUUGUCCUCCACCUGUCUCUGCACCACAGAAGAAACUGUAUCAGACUAUAUCCAGCAACAGGAGAGCUGUGGAGGGGGAUCACACUGAGGCCUGCCUACUGCUCAGACAGAGGGAGAACAGUUUCAGGAAGGACCUGCAGUGGAUACUGGCGAACACAUAUGUGCCUUCUCGAAUCCAAGAUGGUCCCCAGUGUGGUUUGGUGGCGUUGUGGAUGGCCGCUCACCUCCAGAAGCCUCCUCCGACUGUUGACAUGGAGUGUGUGUUUCAGACAGCGGUCAGGCAGGGAUACACAGCUCAGGGAGAAAUGUUUUCAGCACAAAACAUGGCCUUGUUGGCAGAAGAGGUUUGUGGCUGUAAGGCUGAACUGCUGUCAGGAGGGCUGAGUGGUAGAAAUGGUGCUACCAUCAUCGAACACCUGUGGGGGGGUCAACCUGUUCUCAUCCCAUAUGAUGAGGACAGCAACCACGAGCCGUGUCUGCGUCGAGGUCGUAAAGCACAUUGGGCAGUAGCUUCAGGAGUACUCCUCGGGUUGGACCAGGGGAGUGUGAGCACAGAGCACGCUCCGUCCGAUCCCACGCUGCCGUGGCUCCACCUCACCACAGCCAGCCGCCUCCCUUGUCCCGCGGGCAGCAGAGAGGUUUACAUCCUGGCCAAGCAAGGUAAAAGUCUGCGCUACCAGCUGUGGAGUCUGGACAGCAUCGCUCAGAGCAACCAGCAGCUGGAGACGAUGGACCCUCAGAGAGCCAAUGACGGGACCCAGUACGUGGUCCCUGAAGGAGGACUGGGAGCCGGGCUGGCUGGACAGGCGGUUUUACUCCACAUGAAAACUCAGAACCAGUGACUAAUCGGAUCAGCCCUAUUUCAUCUGACAACACCGCGGGCAACAUGGUGCAUGUAUCAAAGUAAAUAAAUCUAAAAUGUUUACACUACAGUAAA